CAAUCUCAAUAAAGAUCACAAGUGUUAACAUACUCAAGUGAAGCACAAAGUGAAAAGAAAUACUGUGAAGGAUUUCGAAAGACUAAAAUAUUCAACUCAUAACAGGGAAGUACAACUUUAUCGGACGAAAAUACGAAAACUGUUGAUCGACAAGAUGAUACAGUGAUUGGGGACAUAGUAUUUGAUACUAUGACGGCUGGAGUCGCGGCCAGGAGAAAGACUAGGCCUAGAAGGAGCUGGGCGAAGGUGGAGCACGAUGGUCAGGCAUCAGACUUCACGGAUAUAGGCGAUUGGCCGACAUUAGGCGCUGCCGUAUCAGGUGGAGCCAGGUGUCAUUCAACGCCACCUCCUCAUGAUGCUGAUUCGUCACACCAUAAUGGCACUGCGGAUCAAGACCGCAAGCCACCAGAGGAACCUCAUCAUCAGCCCUCGAAACCCGAGAGGGUCGAGGCCACACACAACCACCAGCACAAUGAAAAACACCACGACAAACACUCGGAUCGAGCCAAGAGUUCAGGUGCCGGCAAAGGCAGCAGUAAGUCGGGGAAGCACAAAUGGGUUCCCUUGGACAUUGACGUGAAGGCAGCGCGGCCCGGGAAGCAUGGUCCUCAACAUUCUACGAGACCGGAGAACGACACGGUAUCCCUCAACGGUGAGGAGAGCCGUUCGCGCGGCGGGUCUAGGUCACGCGGCGGUCGGGGUGGAGCCCGGGGCGGUCGGCGGGGUGCUCCCCGUCCUGCAUCAGCGCUUCCAUCACUGCCAGCCCCUCACCAUCAUACGUUAUACCAUCACGCCCACGACUUCCCGCACCACCCUGACUUAGCACAGCUUCGGGUAUCAGCAACUAGCGUCGCACAGGUGGUGGUACCCUUCGGGGGUCUGGCGGCGUUGGGGGCUCCAUUAGCACCUCCAUUGGCACAGGCCUUCUACUACGGAGCGGCGGCAGCGACAGCGACUCCAUACGGGAUGGGACUGGACCACGCGACCUUGAAGGAUUUGAUCAAGAAGCAAAUUUUUUGCACUAUAUGUCCACUGUACACGGCAGUGUGUCGUGUGCAGUUACUGCGAAUCGAAUACUACUUCAGCCCCGACAACUUAGCCCGCGAUUUCUUUCUCCGCCGCAAGAUGGCGGCGGACGGAACUAUUCCCGUCACGCUCAUUGCCUCCUUCCACCGCGUGAGGGCGCUCACAGCGGACGUGCAACUCGUGCUUGACGCUAUCCGCGACUCUGAUAAGUUGCAGCUUAUUGGAGGGUUCAAGGUCAGAACCGCCUUCGAACCGACAAAAUGGCCGAUUCUUGACAUAACAGCGAACACAAACCCAGAUGAUAAUAAAACGGAACAGCCGAACACAUCCGAAGACAAACCGAAGACUCCUGAAGCUGAUACCGAUAAAGAAAACGUCAAAGAGGAGGCUCCAAGUAUAGAAGCCAAUACGGCAACAACUGAGACCGUCGAAGAAAAGAAAUUCGAAGAUAUCGUCAAGGAGCCCACUAUUACAACCGUUGAGAAAUUCGAGACACAACAACAGCCGUCACAACCACCGGCUACUGUGGAAGAAAUAAAAGAACCAGAAGAACCAGAAGUUUCGGCUUCAAUCUUAGAUUCUCCAGAACAGAAGAAGGAAGCGACAGAAGAUGAAAGCGAUAAGUCAGUAGACCCCGCUGACGAUCCGCCUCUCCAGUCUGAGAGCAACGAGGAGAAGCCAGGCGAAAAACGCCGUAAGAAGCAGAUGGUGGGCAUAUUCCCUCUGCCGACGAUGGGAGGGCCUCUUGUUGCGCCUGUUUCGUCACUCCUCAGGGCCGUGCCUCCGCCACCGUUACCCAGGAUGUUUCGUACGGGUCGCGGCGGGCUGGCCGGCGGAGCGGCCGCGCACGAUUCGCUAAACCCUGACGUCCCGGAGUUCGUGCCGCUUGCUUUACGACAUGAGGAGUGCAACGACAAAUCUGACAGUUUGGACGACAGACCGAGCUCGGGAACCAUCAGCCCCAACUCUGAACAAGUAUGGACUGAGGUGAAACGGCGUACGAAGGCGGGUUCCCGCGAGCGUACGGCGGCCGCGGCAGAGGAGGAACCCCGCGAGGAGUUACACUUCCAGCUCGAUGAGGAACUGGAACUGCCGCCGCCCAGGCAUAAUACGUUCACUGAUGCUUGGUCGGACGAGGAGUCGGACGCGGAGUUCACGGACCGCGACGUGGGCCGCCUGCUCAUCGUGACGCAGACGGCCGCGCGACAGCCCAAGCACGACGGACACGACCGCCAGGGGGACUGGAACACGCGCACCAAGAUCACGCAGGACCUCGAACAGGUUAUAACAGAUGGGCUUAGACGAUAUGAAGAAGACUUAUGGAAUGAUACGGAUUAUCCCUCAUCGUACGGCAGCCAGCAGUACCGCUGCGUGUCGCUGAUCAGCCGCGAGCAGUUCGAGGCGGCCGUCCCCAGCGAGAAGCACGCCAACCCCAGCGAGCCGCCCCCGCCGCCGCCCAGGCCCGCGCAGGUGUCACAGCAGGCUGAAGCGUCGACGGAAGGCAGGACGGGGCGAAGGCCGAGACGCACGGCUCGUUUCUACGCCGCUAGCAAGGACCCACACGCCACUGAUGUUAUAAGCAGCCGUAAGCACAAGACGCGACACAGCCUCAACCCGCCCGUGGAGCACCAUGUCGGCUGGAUCAUGGACAUACGCGAGCAUCGCGCAAGGACGCAUAGUACUGGAUCGUCAGUAGGCACGUCCCCGACGCUGGGGUCAUCCUGCGGGUCAGUCCCUGCGUCCCUGCCGACGUUCCACCACCCCAGCCACGGCCUACUCCGGGAGAACCACUUUACGCAACAAGCAUACCACAAGUACCAUUCGCGCUGUCUUAAAGAACGCAAGAAGCUGGGCAUAGGCCAAUCGCAAGAAAUGAACACUUUGUUCAGAUUCUGGUCGUUCUUCCUACGUGACCACUUUAAUCGCACCAUGUAUAAUGAAUUCAGAACGCUAGCCAACGAGGACGCGUCGGCCGGUUUCCGUUACGGCUUAGAGUGUCUGUUCCGUUUCUAUUCGUACGGACUCGAAAGGAAGUUCCGGCCGGAACUCUACCAACACUUCCAACAGGAAACUGUUGCUGAUUACGAGAAGGGUCAGCUGUACGGCUUAGAGAAGUUCUGGGCGUUCCUGAAAUAUUACAAGCACGCGGGAGCGCUGCAGGUCGACCCCAAGCUAAAGGGCUAUUUGGAGAACUUCCAGAGCAUCGAAGAUUUUAGGGUGCUUGAGCCGCAGCUGAACGAGUUGCUGGCGGCGGCGGGCCCCGCGGCGCCCGGGCGCGGCCCGCACGCGCGGCCCUACGACCGCACGCGCUCCGUCUCCGAGAGCGACCGCGCCGCCGCGCUCGCCGGACACGCCAGUAAGCAAGGCAGCAGCGCGCGUCCGGCGGCGACCACCAACCGCGGCCGCGCCGGCUCCUGCGGGGCGCAGAGCGUCGUCGCCACCGCGCGACCCCGGGCAACACCAAAAACAAAACAGGACAGCGGAGAGCCGAAACAGUUGGCAGCCAAACAGUGAUUCACAAUGUGUACAUAAAUAUAUAAAGAAAGACAUUAAAGUGCAAAGUGCUUAAUCACCGGCAGUAACAGUUAUAUGUCGAAUGCAUUUUAUUAUUAUAUUAUAUUCUAUACAUAUAUAUAUGAGACAAAUAUAUAAUAUUUAGUGCCUGGACACUUAGAGUUGGUUAACGUUGCUCGUUGGUUAUUUACGGAGACUAGCUUAUAUGCAUCGACAAUAAGCAACGCUACGCUCUGUUUCACGCGUUAUCAUUUUGACAUCUAAAUAGUUAGAGUAAGUAUGUACUACCAACAUAUAUAUAUAUAUAAACGUAUAUAUUUUUGACAUUGUAUAAAAUUUAAAAUUAUAACGACAUACACUUACUUGUCCUAGUAAUAUACAAAUGACAUUAAAAAGAAAACAAACGUUCUGUCGUAGUCUUUGGUAGGUUAAGUAUUUUUUAUCUGUGGCAACUCUGGUGCUGCCCACAUCGACAUCCUCGCAUUUUGUUUUGAAUUUUGAAUUUGGAACCACCAGUUUGAUAUGUAGCCUUUUGAGGCUCGACUAGUGAUUUUUUUUCGAAAAUUUCUUUGGAGUAUGAGUUUUAAUGAGUGUAUUUGAGUAUCAACUUGGGUUUUGUAUGUAUAAGUCGUGUUAUUAAUUAAUGAACUCAAAUGAGUUUUAGUCACUCAGUGUUAUAAGUAUUUAAAAGUUGUACUCGUUUACAUUCUACUCAAAUGAGGGACACACUCAACCAAACUCAACCGUACUCAUCGAUGUUCACAUUAUUCGGAUCUCUUACACACGAAAAAUUACGAAAAAUACGAAAAAAGAAAUGUCAUUUGUUAGACUCAUUUUUCGUUUUUUAAGUCAUGGUAAUAAAAUUGUACAGUUUGUUAACGUCAUGUUAAAAAAAUAAAAUGGGAGAGGUGAAAUUAUUAAAGAAAUAGAUUAAAGUUUAAAAAAAAAUGUGUGUAUAAAAUGCUGAAGACUGGUAAAUUCGGUUCUGGUGAUUUGAUGGUGAUGUUGAUGAUGAUGAUGAUGAUUAUUAUUAUGAGAAAUUUAAUAACAAAAAUGAGCGAGUCUGCGUGUUGAUGAUUAAGGUUGAAAAUACUUAAUUUUUUACGUUAACGUUAUUAUUUUAUUUCACACCUGUCUCUGUAUAAAUAGAUGCCUUUACGGAAAGCUGUAUUUUUGGAAAAUGGUGGUCUUAAAUUGGAAAUGUGGAUCGUAAAGGAAUUUAUGUGGUUUUCAUUUAUAUUGUAUGUUUGGGGGAAACGCCUGUUCGACACGAUGCUGUGCAUAAUACGUGUCUUUUAUUAAACGAAUGAUAGAAAUAUCAUUUUGAUUUCUUUAACUUUCAAAAAUGCUUGUUUCUAUCCUAAAAACGUUUUUUUUUUUUCUUGUUAUUUUUUUUAAUAGGCUCUCUCUCUUUGAUAACGACAUCGCCAUUGCUGGGAAAAAGGCUUCAAUAUUUAAAUAACAUACAAUAUAAAUUAAAAUCGCAGAACAAUUCUAUCCAUUUCAUAAACGUCAAAACUGUCAAACGUCAAACGGCCAUCUUUUUUCGAAAAUGUCGGCUGUGAAACAUACUGCCACUCGUGUAUUUAAUAUAAAAAUAUUAUAUUAUAUAAUAGAUAUUUUCAUUGAGCACACAAAACUUUUUAAGUGACGACGAAACAAAAACUUUAUGGUACAGUGGAGUAAAACGGUUGUUAUUAUUUAUUUUUCAUUAUUUUUGUUGUAUUUUUUACUCAGACCUUUGUGUCGUGGCUUCUCUAUUCACGGGACCAUCCGGUCUUUAAGUGUAUUUAGGGACUUUAACAUAUAUAAACGAAAUCCGAUAGCAAUAAUUUUCUUAAUAUAUACUAGCGAUUCGACCCGCCUUCACACGAGUGCAAUACUGAUACUAAAUUUCACAACUAUUUAAUGAAUGUUAUUAUGCAUAUAAACCUU